AUGGCACAAUACGAAGGAGAUCAAAAAUAUGGAAGAGAAGGUCGGCAAACAGAUGAGUAUGGCAACCCUGUUCGGAACACUGAUGAGUACGGAAACCCACUUCACUCUAACACCCCUUUUGCCGGUACGGGCACCGGAACUAGGACAGGCUACGAUCAAGAAGGCCACGAGAAGAAAGGGGUGAUGGAGAAUAUCAAAGAAAAACUUCCCGGUGGUCACAACACGAACGAGCAUCAAAGGGUGUCCACAACAACGGCAGGAGGCCACCAUGGCAUUGGUGGUGGUUAUGUCGAAGGAGGGGAAACCCACGAGAAGAAAGGGGUGAUGGAGAAGAUCAAAGAAAAGCUUCCCGGUGGUCACAACACGGACGAGCAUCAAAGGGUCUCCACAACAACAACAGCCGGUGUUGGUGGUGGUGGUUAUGGAGAAGGUAGGGAAACCCACACCAAAAAAGGAGUGAUAGAGAAUAUAAAAGAAAAGCUUCUUGGUGGUCACAACACGAACGAGCAUGAAAGGGUGUCCACAACAACGGCAGGAGGCCACCAUGGCGUUGGUGGCGGUUAUAUAGAAGGAGGGGAAACCCACGCCAAGAAAGGGGUGAUGGAGAAUAUAAAAGAAAAGCUUCCCGGUGGUCACAACACAAACGAGCAUCAAAGGGUGACUACAACAACGGCAGGAGGCCACCAUGGCGUUGGUGGCGCUUAUGUGGAAGGAGGUGAAACCCACGAGAAGAAAGGGGUGGUGGAGAAGAUCAAAGAAAAGCUUCCCGGUGGUCACAACACGGACGAGCAUCAAAGGGUCUCCACAACAACAACAACAGGCGGUGUUGGUGGUGGUGGUUAUGGAGAAGGUAGGGAAACCCACGCCAAAAAAGGAGUGAUAGAGAAUAUAAAAGAAAAGCUUCCUGGUGGUCACAAGACGAACGAGAUUCAAAGGGUGUCCACAACAACGGCUGAAGGCCAUCAUGGCGUUGGUGGCGGUUAUGUGGAAGGAGGGGAAACCCACGCCAAGAAAGGGGUGAUGGAGAAUAUAAAAGAAAAGCUUCCCGGUGGUCACAACACAAACGAGCAUCAAAGGGUGUCUACAACAACGGCAGUAGGCCACCAUGGCGUUGGUGGCAGUUAUGUGGAAGGAGAGGAAACCCACGAGAAGAAAGGGGUGAUUGAGAAGAUCAAAGAAAAGCUUCCUGGUGGUCACAACACGGACGGACAUCAAAGGGUGUCCACAACAACAUCAAGUGGCGUUGGUGGUGGUGGUUAUAAGGAAGGACGUGAAACCCACGAGAAGAAAGGGGUGAUGGAGAAGAUCAAAGAGAAGCUUCCUGGACAUCAUUAG